UAUUUUGCUGAACACUUUGAUGAACUUGCCACGCAUGAGGAUGAAGAAAUGGGCUGUUGUCUGCCAACAAAUUGUGCCUCUUCAUCCUUAAACCGUUCUGCCCAAAAAUUUGACACUUUCUUCCAGUAUCCUGUAGUCUACGUAGAUUUGGAGGAGCUGGAUGAGGAUGGCUAA